ACGGGACGUCCGUCAUAUCUCACGCGCCCUGCAGGUGCGUAUGAACGCUCCACCCAGUCAAACGAUUGAAGAAAAGUCGCGGUCGAAAGCUGAACUACGUUACUGACACAUUUCAAAACUCGAAAGCUCUGAGAGAGGGCAGCACGCGCUCCUGUACUUUCUGCAAUGUGUUCUGAUGAAGAGCGCUCGAUGGCGGGGGGCUCCGGUAACGGAAAGUUGCGUCAGUGGCUGAUAGAGCAGGUGGACACCGGAAAAUACCCUGGACUCGUGUGGGAGAACGAGGAGAAGAGUAUCUUUCGGAUUCCGUGGAAGCAUGCGGGCAAACAGGACUACAACAGGGACGAGGAUGCUGCGCUCUUCAAGGCUUGGGCCCUAUUCAAAGGCAAGCACCGGGAGGGUAUUGACAAACCUGACCCACCAACUUGGAAAACACGUCUUCGAUGUGCUCUUAACAAGAGCAACGACUUUGAGGAGAUUGUGGAGCGCAGUCAGCUUGAUAUAUCAGACCCCUAUAAAGUGUAUAGGAUUGUUCCAGAAGGAUCCAAAAAAGGAUCCAGAUCCCUUGAAGAUUCACAGUCCAAUUCAAGCUCACCCAGUUAUCCAAUACACCCGCCUUAUGCACCAGCACCAUCUCAGGUGUGCAACUAUCUUUCUCCAGCAGACAGAGGAUGGAGGGAUUACUCAACCCUGUCUGAGAUCCCUUACAGCCAGAGCCCCUACACUUCACGCUGGGAACCUGGGUACCAGUUCAGUGGCUCUUUCUACAGUUGCAAUGCAUCUGAUCCACAGCCAUCACCCUUCACCCUGGACACCAGCAUGAGAUCUGCUGAGGCAGUGGCCCUCUCGGAUUACCGCCUACAUGUGGUGGUGUUUUACCGGGAAACUCUGGUGCGAGAGGUAACAGUGAAUAGUCCAGAAGGGUGUCAGCUGGGCCCUAGCAGAGAGGGACAGGCCUACUCUUCUCCUGGGGCCCCAGAGCUGGUUGAACUCCCUCAUGCUGAAGGGGCAUCUCUGGAGCGUGGCGUUAUACUCUGGAUGGCCCCUGACGGGCUCUACGCUCGCCGCCGCUGCCCCUGCAGGGUGUACUGGGAGGGAGCUCAUGCACCACCUACCGACAAGCCCAACAAGCUGGAGAGAGAACAGAACUGCAAACUGCUGGACACUCAUCUGUUCAUAACAGAGUUGCAGAGUUACGCCCUGCACACUCGUCCUGCACCAUGUUCUCAAGUCCUGCUAUUCUUUGAGGAUGAGAGCACCGAUGCUCAAAGACCAAGAAGGACUUUCACAGUGCAGGUUGAGCCACUGUUUGCUCGUCAGCUUCUUUUCCUCAGUCAUCCCAGCAGCAUGAACUACAUCCGCAGCCAUGAGCUUUCACACCUGCCCACUGAACACACCCUCUCCCCGACCCAAGACUACCACAGAGUCAUCACGCAUCUCCCUAACAGCACCCCUCAAAAUUGAUCCUGGAAUAACAUCUUGCUUAACCCAGGGUUAAAGCAAGUUUUAAUCCUGGGUUAAAGAGAUAGUUCACAAUAAAGAAUGAACAUUCGGUUAUCAUUUACUCACCCUCAUGCUGUUCCAAACCUGUAUGACUUUCUUUCUUCUGUGGAACAUAAAAAGAAGGUAUUUUGAAGAACAAUGAGAACAAAACGACCCAUUGACUUCUACUGUAUUGUAUUUGUAAAAGUGUUUUUAUGUUCCACAGAAGAAAGAAAGCCAUACAGGUUUAGCAUGAAAUGAGGGCGAGUAAAUGACAUAAUUUUCUGAAUUCGUUUUGUAAUUUUUAAAGGGGGUUAGCUCCAUUUUUAACUCAGGGUUACUAAGCUUUGCUUAUGAACAGAUGAUGGACAAGCAGUUAUUAAAAGUGUUUACAUGCCCAACAAGUGCCAUACUUGUCCAAUCAAAGUGCAAAACAAGAAUGAUAACCCAGAGUUUAAAUGUACAUUGAAAAAUCUCAAACUGAAAAACCCAGGACAAAAUAUUAACCCAGGGUGAGGUUUAAACAGGGUUUAAACAGGACUGUUAAUCCUGGGUUAACUGUAAAAAUCACCCAAGUCUUGUAAGCUAAAGUGUAAAAGGUUAAUGUUGGAAUUCUGCUGUGCCUUUAGGGACACUAGAGCGGAGCAGAACCCUACCAGGAUAAUGUAGUGAUAACAGACAACAUCAGAUGCAAAACUGUUGUCAUGUUUAAAACUGAGAAAGACGUAAAUGUGUGUUCAACUCAGAAGGAUAAAUGAUUGUAUUAUGUCGGCAUACAGUCAAAUGUGUUGACUUUUUGCUGACAUGACAAAAGAAUGUAAAGUGUGAAUAUUAGCUGUGAUUCAUUGUUUCUUGCUUGUUUAAGCUGCAUUCAGAAAAUAAAUGCCAAAGAAGUUGAUGUAUAUAGGCUAUGCAUUUAGAAAAAAAACUCAAGUCAAUUUUCAAAUUGCUGUUCUUUUAUAAACAUUUUUGUGUACAAUUCUGAAUAACUGUUCUACUUUUUUAUUCCACUACUUUUGCUGUUUUGUUACUGAAAUGCCUAAAAAUUGAUGCCAACUUUGAUUUUAAUAAAAAAAGUGGAAAAAACUGAGUGCAUGUGCU